AUGUGUGAGCGCAGUCUCUACAGAGCGGGCUAUGUGGGCUCCCUUCUGAAUCUGCAGUCGCCCGACUCUUUCUACUUUUCCAACCUGCGGCCCAAUGGCGGCCAGUUGGCCGCGCUUCCCCCUAUCUCUUAUCCUCGCGGGUCGCUGCCCUGGGCCUCCACUCCUGCCUCGUGUGCCCCCUCGCAGCCUGCCAGCGCCAGUGCCUUUGGAGGCUUCUCACAGCCCUACCUGGCCGGCUCCGGGCCUCUUGGUCUGCAGCCCCCGGGCGCCAAGGACGGACCCGAAGAACAGGUCAAGUUCUAUACGCCCGAAGCGGCCGCCGGGCCCGAAGAGCGUGGCCGUUCUCGGCCGCCUUUCGUCCCCGAGUCUAGCCUGGCCCCUGCAGCUGCCGCGCUCAAAGCGACCAAGUACGACUAUGCGGGCGUGGGCCGUGCCGCGCCAGGCUCUGCGACCUUGCUCCAGGGGGCCCCCUGCUCCGCAGGCUUCAAAGACGACAGCAAGGGCCCGCUCAACUUGAACGUGACAGUGCAGGCGGCGGGCGUCGCCUCUUGCCUGCGACCUUCGCUGCCCGACGGCUUGCCGUGGGGGGCGGCCCCGGGGAGGGCCCGCAAGAAGCGGAAACCGUAUACGAAGCAGCAGAUCGCAGAGCUGGAAAACGAAUUCCUCGUCAACGAAUUCAUCAACCGGCAGAAGCGCAAAGAAUUGUCCAACAGGCUGAACCUCAGCGACCAGCAAGUCAAAAUCUGGUUCCAGAACCGGCGUAUGAAGAAGAAGCGUGUGGUGCUGCGCGAGCAGGCGCUGGCGCUCUAUUAG